AGACUCCAAAAGAUCCAAGACUCGUCAUCUUCAUCAACAUUGUCGGAAAACCUACACGAAAGCCCAGAACGAUGCCUGUAAUAAUCCAGGGUGAGGCCCAUUUACGUGGUUUGGUUGCCUCGUGGAUCUGAUGUUCGUAGCUGCGUGAUCGCUGACAUCAAUGGCGAUGCUGUAAGAUACGAAAAGAAAAAGAAAAGAGGAAAAAGAGAGAAAGAGAGAGAGAGAGAGAGAGAGAGAGAUCAACAAAAACAUCAAAGGGAGAAAAAAAAAUCUGGAUUGAAAACUUUUUUUCCUUGCUUUUGGGUCUGAUGCGCGAGUGACGAACACGAUGCCAUUUUCUUCCUCCCUCUCAUGUUUAUCUUCAUCGUCUUCUAACUCUUUUCUAUCCCUUCAAGCACGAUCUCGCGUUCCCUGCAUCUACAAUCCCCAAUCCCUAAUUUUAUCAAAACCCCGCUAUUUCGCUUUGCCUCUUCUUGCUUCGAGAAGACCCCGCGAUUUCAUCGAUGGGAGGGAUGAUCUUGUGGAUGAUCCGAGGAAUUGGAACCGCAAGGUCAGACCAGAGUAUGUGUUCGAUGAGGAUUACGAUGGGGAAGACGAUGAUGGUCAGGAGGACGAGGACAGGAGUUUGGAUCUGUUAGUUCGAUUUGUCGAAAAUGUGUUCAGAAAGAUUUCGAAGAGGGCGAGGAAGGCAGUGAGAUCGGUUUUGCCUGUUUCGAUCUCCACGAAGUUGGUGGGUUUUUCAGUUAAUGGAGUACUUAUUCUAGCAUUUUUGUGGAUUUCGAAGGCGUUCCUCGAGGUGGCUUGCGCCCUCGGGACUAUCGUAUUCACGAGCAUUUUACUCAUACGUGGAUUGUGGGCCGGUGUAACAUACAUACAAGAAAGCCGUAGCAACAACAUGAAUGAACUCGGUAACGACCCGAGUGCUUGGAGCAGGGUUCAGCCCGUUUCUUGAGCCCCGUUUUUCGGGAAAAUACUAUCGUCAGCGACGGGUAAUAAUCGCAAACUAGGGUUUAUAGAGAUGUCUUUCUGUGGGAUCUUAUUUGCAGGUGAAAAUGGAUAAACCUGAGAAUGGCAGAUGCCAUUAAUUUCUCUGUUUGUGGUCUGUACAUUAGGAAUCAAAUUAAGACCAUUUUGGAUCAGAAUGGGCUAUAAUAAGUUCAUGAAAUAAUCUUUAUAUCAAAUCUUAUAAAACUUUA